AAACACUCUUCUGAGGCUCAGAAGAAAAAGAGAAACGAAUUCGAUCCCUACCCAUCAACGGCUGAUCAUCUGUUCGUCGUAGAAUAGAGUUUCUAAACCUACAUUCUGGGAAUCCACAGUAUCGGUUUUUAAACAGAGCUGUCGUCGCUUCUUCCAUCAUCAAUUCUAGUUUUGUAUACCAUUUUAUCUAUCUAAGCGCUCCACUCAUUCCUGGCAGCGAUUGAUUCAAUCCUGUGAAUUAUCAAAUGGCAUGUUGUCAGAUUUUGCCUUCAGGAAGAUUCAUUAACAUUAAUUUUGCAACUGUAAACGGUAUUUCACAUAAUACAAUCAAGAAAACAGCAGCAAGAUCCUCACGAGGGUUGUUCUUGUCUAUCCGAGCUGUGCAAGAGAAUGAAGGUCCUCGUCGUCUGGUUGACUUUAUACGUAUAAUUCCAGAUGUCUCAAGGAAUUACUUCAAAAGUCCUUCAAGGAGAGCCCUGUUUGGAGGAAUAUCAUUGCUGGGUGGAUUUUAUGUGGCUCAGACGAUCUCAUUGUCAUUUGGAGCAUUGGGAGUGAACGAUGUUAUUGCUGCUGUACUAUGUGUGCUCUUAACGGAAUAUGUAACGAAGUAUUAUUACAGUCGUCCAAAGGUAACUUUCCCUCUGGCUCUCUUAAAUAACUUCAAGAUGGGCUUUACAUAUGGUCUCUUCAUUGAUGCUUUUAAACUUGCUAGCUGAACAAUCUAUUCAUUCUUGACUUCAAAUUCAUUUUGAUUUAGUGCUGAAUCAUUUGGAUUAUAACCCUGCUGUAGCCUGUAUGAUAAAAAAAAUCCAUAUGUAUUGGUCCCCUCUACUAUUUUCUACAUAAUCUCUAACUAAUAAUGUCGGGCUGUGAUGUUAGAUGUAAUGUAUACAUAAAGGAUAUUCAAGAGGAGUUGAUUGAUUAGAUAAAUCAUCUUUAAGGGUUUAUUUACUCAA